AUGAGGGCGCCAGAUGCCACUGUACAGAUGCAACCAAAGCUGGUUUUAUACUGGAAGGAAGCGGAGAGGCAUCAGUGCUAUCGAGACGAGGAUAUAUGCCAUGAUUGCAAGCUCUGUCGCUUCUGGGAGGAGGAUGAUAUUGAGUUCACUCAAAAAGUCCAGUUCCCCAGCUUGGCUGUCAAGAUUAUUGUUUCAAUGCUCCAAUGGGAAGAGGAAACGUACCUUACAGGCCUUGAAUUGAUCCACCAGAACAGGCUUACAACACCAAACACUCUUAUCGGCUAUCAAGUUCCUGGGAGACAAGAAACAGUUGAUCUCAAAGGUCGAUAUCUACAAGGAUUCAUUGUCAACGCAGGGUACAGAGGCAUCCAUGCCAUUCGCCCGGUUACUGAUAAAGAAGAAUUGCAUUGGAUAGGCCGGCCACAGGAAGCUGAGAGAUAUGUGAGCCUCCUCUCAACUCAUAGCCCAUUCAAGUGA